AUGUCAAUCCAAAGCAUAGGAAAGGGCGCCCUACGCGUCGCAAAGAAUUAUACCAAAGGCUAUUCGGAUGUACAAGCAAAAGUCAGGGAUGCAACGUCCAACGAUCCCUGGGGACCGUCCGGAACGCAAAUGAACGAGAUUGCGCAGCUCACAUACAAUCAAAACGACUUUGUAGAGAUUAUGGAAAUGCUGGACAAGCGGCUAAACGACAAGGGCAAAAAUUGGCGUCAUGUCUUCAAGGCAUUAACGCUUCUCGACUAUUGUCUUCAUGCUGGAUCUGAGAACGUCGUGAUCUACUUCCGAGAUAAUGUCUAUCUCGUCAAGACGCUCAAGGAGUUUCAAUACAUUGACGAAUUCGGAAAAGAUCAGGGUGCCAAUGUACGCCAAAAGGCAAAAGACAUCACAAAUCUCCUUCAGGAUGAGGCGAGACUUCGUCAGGAAAGAAGAAGCCGGGCAAGCAUGCGCGACCGGAUGACCCGAGGUGGAGACGUAGGGGCAGACGAUCAACCCGAUGAAAAUGUGGCCAGAAAACGCCAGCAAUCUCAGCCCGCAUCCUCUUCUCGCCGCAAUCGUGACGAUGAAGAGCUGAAACGAGCGAUGGAGGCGAGCAAGCAGAGUUAUGCGCAAGAAGUCGGAAAGAGUGCAGAGCAAACCCAUAGGGAUGCGGACCUCGAACGAGCCCUGAAACUGUCCGAACAAGAAGAACGUGACAGGGCAAAGGCAGUCGAAGAUGCCAACUCCCGCGCGUUGUUCGACGACAGCCUUCAAACCGCGCCAGCCGCCCAGGCUCAAUCAAACCCGUUCCCUUUGGUGGAUGCAAGCCUUCAACCCCAGUACACCCAAAUGCAGCCCCAGUUUACUUCGUUUAAUCCCUAUCUCCAAGAACAGCAGCAGUCAAUGAUGCAGGCUCAAUGGGCCCAGGCCAAUGCUGAUUGGCAGGCCCAACAAUUCGCGCUGCAACAACAACAGCUACAACAACAACAGCAGCAGCAGCAGCAAGAGUAUGCACUCUAUGUCCAGCAGCAGAAUGAACUGGCCUUCCAACAACAACAGCAACAAGCGGCAAUGCAAAAUGCAUGGAUCCAGCAACAGGCAACCGCUCAGCCUCUGAUAGCCCAACCGACUGGAUUUGGAAGCAGGAAUCCGUUUGCGCUUGGUCCUGGUCCUGGUGCAUCACCCGCCCCUCCGGUCCCUACUCUAUCGCCGCCACCACAAACGCAGCCCAACUUCACCAGUCUCAAUGGUCACGCUGGACUCUCGCAAUCGCAGGCGCCCGCUCCAUCCCCAUCUCCUUCGUCAAGCAGUCAACCAGGGCUGAAUGUCAGGACACGACAAGACGAGAAUCCGGCGCUAGCCGCCUUGUUUGCCAACCGGGAUGGAGGCAUCGACACAUUUGGGAACUACGGCAAUCUCAGAUUUGGUAACACGAAUGCCGGUAAAAUGCUGAUGGCUAAUACGGGCACGGGUAAUCCAUACGGGACACAAGCACAGACGGGCAACGACCAACCGUUCUUCUCUGUCUAG